GUAAGGCAGGGUACCUAUGUAAGUACUAUCUACUGAGCUAGGGAGAAAAAAAAGAGAAAAAAAAGUAAGUGCCAGUGACGUCGCGGCACGGGUCUGGCAGCUGCUAAUGCUGUUUACAGCAAAGAUGCAGAAUUGACAUUUUGUAUGUAUGUACAUACAUACGAAGUAUAAAAUUAUUAGAAGGGUCUCCUAGCACGACAAUAAUACCUACCGACAAUGCCCUCCCUGCUGCUGCGGCUGCAACCGUUCCGCAACUACCUCCCCUCCAUAUCUCGACCAUCCCAUAUAUAUUCCGCCACCGCCAUCGCCUCUCGACCGUCCAGCUUCUCCGCCUCCCCGCCCCUCCUCAAAAACACCAACCUGCCGCCGCGCCCCAAGCCGCCUCCCGAGGAAGACAUCGAGGAGUCCUUCCUGAAGGGCAGCGGGCCCGGCGGCCAGAAGAUUAACAAAACCAACUCAGCAGUCCAACUCAAGCACCUCCCCACCGGCCUCGUCGUCAAGUCCCAAGCGACCCGCUCCCGCUCCCAGAACCGCGUCAUAGCCCGGCAGCUGCUAGCCGACAAGCUGGACGACCUAGCCCGCGGCGGCGAGAGCCGCUCCGCCGUCGUCGGCGAGUUCAAGCGCAAGAAGAAGGCUAGCUCCGCCAAGAAGAGCCGCCGCAAAUAUCGUAAGCUCGAUGGGGAGAAACAACAGGUUCAGGCUGGGACCGCGCUGCAGGAAGAAGAGGCUCUAGAAGAAGAAGAGGAGGAGGAGGAGGAGGAGGAAUUCGAGGAUGGUGGGGGGGAGAAAGAAUUUCCAGAUAGCUCGAGGAGUAGUGAAAGAAUAGAACAUAAAUAAAGCUUAAAAAAUAAGCUUCAAAAGGUAGGCAGCUGGCCCAUCUACACGAGUAUAUGUGAAACCGUGGGAUUUUGCUUCGCAAUUACUUUUUGAAGCAUAACCUAUAUCGGUUAUUACACGAGCAUAUUUACAAAUGGUUGAAGAAAUAGUUUCUACUGAAUCAUUACGUAGUAGGUUUUUACAUGCUUGUGGUUCACAAGGUGGCACGCCAGACUUAUUAGUGUAACGAAGAAAUAAAGUAGUAUAUGAUCAACCUCG